AUGGAAAACAAAACAUAUUUUUACUUCAUGUUGUUUGAAAAUCUUGGGCAUAUAAAAUAUGCCUUGUUCAGUUUGGGAUUUGUUUUAUACUGUGUGAUCAUAAUUCUAAAUGUCGUUAUUAUUCUUUCAAUAUAUUUGGAAAGGACAUUACACCAGCCCAUGUACAUUCUGAUUUCAUGUUUGUCCAUUAACUCUGUGUAUGGUACAGCUGCCUUUUUUCCAAGGAUGUUGUCAGACUUGCUGUCUGAUACACACACAAUACCAUAUGAAGCAUGUCUCAUCCAGUGUUUUGUCAUUUUCUCAUAUACAGCAAAUGAGUUUGCAACAUUAAUGUUAAUGGCAUUUGACAGAUUUGUUGCAAUCAGUAAACCUUUACGAUACCAUAACAUAAUUACUUUAAGGGUACUAACUGUUUUAAUUUUUAUACACUGGAUUUUUCCAUUGCUUUGUCUUGGUAUCUCAGGUAUUUUAACUGCCCGACUGACAAUGUGUGAUAACAAACUGUGGAAGGUGUACUGUCACAAUUAUGAAAUUGUUAAGCUCUCUUGUACAAACAGUUUAAAUAGUAAUGUUUGGGGUCUCUUCGUAUUGAUAACAACUGCGGUUAUUCCUUUAUGUUUAAUAUUACAUUCUUAUGUUAAAAUUCUUAUCAUUUGUCAAAGAAGUUCAUCACAGUUCAGAAGCAAAGCUUAUCAAACUUGUAUUCCACACAUAGUGAUUCUUUUAAAUUUCUCAAUCGGCAUUAUUUCAGAAAUCACUUUAACUCGCAUUGUGAAUUUAGAAAUGCCUACAUGGCUGUCAGUAAUAUUUUCACUGGAGUUUCUUGUUGUACCACCAAUCCUUAACCCUCUUGUUUAUGCUUUAAACUUCACUGAUAUUCGCAAAAAAAUGCUUCGCCUCAUAAAACCAAAUCUGGUAAGACAUGUUGAUCUGAAGAUGUAA